UGGGCGAGGGCGGGACUGGCCCGCGGCGGGCGGACGGGAGAGCUGCGGAGCUAACGGGUCUGGACGCGGGCGGCGGCUGCGGGCGGCAGCAGCGGCGGCGGCAGCAGCAGCAGGAGCAGCAAGCAUGGCCCGCGCGGCGCCCGGCGCUGACUGAGGGUCAUGCUGCGGCAGCCUGGCGCCUGACAAGUGAGAGGGAACCUGCCAAGGGAUUUCUGCUUAGUGUGAGCUAACGACGGGACAGGCUGGCCUCAGGGGAUCAGGGAUGGACAGAGCAGCCAGAGCAGCAGGCCCCAGAGCCUGAGCCAACAUCCCCAGAAAGGAGGCCUGCGUCCUGGCAGGGAGCUCGGAACAUGCUUGACUGACGUGGCCUGGGUUGGAUGUGGCACCCCACUGAGCAGCAGCUGUUCUCCGCCCUAGAGGACCUCACAGCAACAGCGAGUGGGAGCUUUGUGACCACCAGGAGUAGGGACCAGCCCCUCAGAUGGGAAGAAAACAAGAACCCAAGACAAAGAGCAUCUUGGUCUUUGCAGCAAGACGUUCUGGUACACACAGAGCUUGCUGGUUUUCUUCACUGAGGACUGCUAUCUGGAUCUUCUCGCCUAGGAGAGGGGUUGAACCAGGAGGGCUGUCCAGGGCAGAGCUUCGCUUCACAUGGAAUCCAGGCACCUUGAAGCUCAAGAGCUCCCUGUUGUGACUGCAACUGACGGACUUCCCCACAGCAGGGGACGAGGGGUCACCUCGGCAUCUGCUCAUGAGCCACAAGGACUCCGGCUGCUCCAGACUGGGCCAUUUCAAGCUGCCAAAGAGAGGGACCCCUAGAGCUGGCAUCCAGCGAUCUCAAGGGACCAGAGGGCUGGGUUGGACUGACCUUGACCUGGCCAGAGCAAUAGGAGAGCCAGAGCCUCUGUGGCCUAGCUAGUGACUGAGAGACCUAAUGAAGCACUGAGCAGGUGCCCAAGUGGCUCAGGGACAGAGGAGCUCCUCCUGCCCAUCACACCCCCUUUUUCAGUGGAGAGAGUCUGGCGAGGGACUCCUGCCAAGGCUCGUGCCCUUAUGCCCAUUGCACGUGCUGCCAGAACAAGGAGGCUGUGCCGUGGCCAGCUCCUCAGAAGGCCGGGAAAGGAGUGGCCACGGUGACAACUGCUCGCCCGCUGGCACCAUGAAGUGCUCCCUGCGGGUGUGGUUCCUCUCCGUGGCCUUCCUGCUGGUUUUUAUCAUGUCCCUGCUCUUCACCUAUUCUCACCACAGCAUGGCCACCCUGCCCUACCUGGACUCAGGGGCCCUGGGAGGGACUCACCGGGUGAAGCUGGUGCCCGGCUAUGCUGGCCUGCAGCGCCUCAGCAAAGAGGGGCUCACAGGCAAGAGCUGUGCCUGCCGACGCUGCAUGGGUGAUGCUGGCACCUCCGACUGGUUUGACAGCCACUUCGACAGCAACAUUUCCCCCGUCUGGACCCGAGAGAAUAUGGAUCUGCCCCCGGAUGUCCAAAGGUGGUGGAUGAUGUUGCAGCCCCAAUUCAAGUCACAUAACACCAACGAGGUGCUGGAGAAGCUGUUCCAGAUAGUGCCGGGCGAGAACCCAUACCGUUUCCGAGACCCCCAUCAGUGCCGGCGCUGUGCCGUGGUGGGGAACUCGGGCAACCUGCGGGGCUCCGGCUAUGGGCAGGAUGUGGAUGGGCACAACUUCAUCAUGAGGAUGAAUCAGGCACCAACCGUGGGCUUUGAACAGGAUGUUGGCAGCCGAACCACCCAUCAUUUCAUGUACCCUGAGAGUGCCAAGAACCUGCCUGCCAACGUCAGCUUCGUGUUGGUGCCCUUCAAGGCCCUGGAUUUGCUGUGGAUUGCCAGUGCCCUGUCCACAGGACAGAUCCGAUUCACCUAUGCCCCAGUGAAGUCCUUCCUUCGAGUGGACAAAGAAAAGGUUCAGAUCUACAACCCAGCCUUCUUCAAGUACAUCCACGACCGGUGGACAGAGCACCACGGGCGCUACCCUUCCACAGGGAUGCUGGUGCUCUUUUUUGCCCUGCAUGUGUGUGACGAGGUGAACGUGUAUGGAUUCGGGGCGGACAGCCGGGGCAACUGGCACCACUACUGGGAGAACAACCGGUACGCGGGCGAGUUCCGGAAGACGGGUGUGCACGACGCGGACUUCGAGGCACACAUCAUUGACAUGCUCGCCAAGGCCAGCAAAAUCGAGGUCUACCGAGGCAACUGAGCCUGGCCCGGCCGCGACCCUGACAGUGUGGCCUCCUCUGUGAGGUGCAGCCACGCCUUCAGGCCCUGGACUCCAGGCCUGCGAGAAGGAGCGAGCCUUGCCGUGCGCGCCCCGCCCGGCCCUGGGCGUUGCCAGGCAAUCGGGAGCGACAAGAGGCCGCGGUCUGGGCCUAUCAUGCUGCAGUCCAGCGGAGUGCUGCCUGUCCUCCCUUCAAUCAUGAGACUCGUGAGCCGGGCCCGGCCCUUGCACCAAUCAGCACCGUCAUUGGGCGGAGCCUUUAAUUCUGACAGCCAAUCAUGAAGCGCAAAAGAACUUCCGCCACUGGUUCCCUCCCGUCUCCUCCAAUCACUGGCCUUUGGAGCCGGGCAGGCGGUUGCUUAAUUUCCCAGUCCCUUUUGCUUUUCGAUAGAAUUUUCUUUUCCGCUUUUUAAAAGGUA